AUGCCUCGAGUCGCACUGCAGAGCCUCCGACAACUCAAUACAAGUCCUCGCCAAUGGGCAUUUCCCGCACUUGUUCUUGCUGGACGACGGGUGGGUGGCUACCGGUAUAUCUCGCUGCAAGCAACACCUGCGACAGAUACUAGCAGAAUUGAAGUCGUUGGCAAGUCGACGUCCGCCACAUCCCCUGAUGCAUCCUUUGAGGUUCUUGGAAGUCCUUAUUCGUUGCUAUCAAUCAAUCUGUCUCCGUCUCAGGACCUCUAUACGCGUCACGGUACGCUAGUUGCCUUUGCCGGAGAGCCGGACAGCACAGUCUCAACUCUACGGAUACUCAAUCCGUUACGACGGGCUCUUGUUGGCAUCCCUUUUCUCUACCAGAAGAUUACGUCGACAUCUCCUAUCAAUGCCCUGAUAUCGACUAAAUCACCCUUAACGACCCUUGCAAUCUUGCAACUGGAUGGCACAACAGACUGGAAAUUGGCACAAAGGAAAGCAUUAUUAGCCUGGACUGGAAAAUCACUUUCUGUCACACCCAGCUUGAACACGAGACUAUCUCUGGCAUAUUGGGGAAGCUCCGACGUGACUGGACGAGGCCUCCUGGCAUUAGCCGGUCAGGGGCAGGUCUACUCGAUAGAACUCGCUGAAGGAGAGUCUUACGUUGUUCAUCCCUCUAAUAUCCUUGCGUACACGGCUUCCUCGCCAACUCCAUUACCACAACCGUACCGGUUCAAGUCAACAAAUAUCCGACUGCAGAUACCACUACAACUCGGCAACUUCUUUCCAUCCUCGAAAUUUAUCGAGACAUUAAAAAUGAGCAAGACUUAUAAAUUCAUUGCGAAUUCCCUUCUCAGAAUGCGUACCUGGAGUCGGAGAACCAUAUGGGGUGACCGACUCUUCUUACAGUUUCGAGGACCAACCACGCUUCUCAUACAGAGCCGCGCUUCAAGAUUCAGCGAUGUAUUGACAGCUCAAGAAGUUAAUGAGAUCGCUGACGCCCCUGCGGGUGUUGUGCGAGAAGCGAUAGCAGGUGCACAGACGCCCAAUCGUCUUGAUGAUCUCAGGCAAGGUGCAACGGAGUCUGCAGCAAUAUCUCCGGCAACUUCGAAGCAGCCGAAGUUAUCCGUCGCAAGUGUUACUUCGAAUGGAAAAGUCUCUUUUGCAGCAACACAAAAUUUUGAGCAAGUGAAAACGAAUUAG